AUGUUGAACGUGAUUAUUCGCCAAUACUUUUGGAUUGGAAAUAACGAAGCAAUCAGACCAAAAGGAGGGACCGGUUACCCGACGGACACGGAAAAAUGCACCAAGCCAAAGCCAUCACCACAAGAAGACCGAGCUGGCCGUCCGGCUCUAACACAAUCGCCAGCACCACCAUCGUUGAAGUCCCAACAGGAGUAA